AUGAAACUUCGAAUGAAGCUGUUAGGCUCUACCAUCCCGGCGUGGCAAGACACGUGUCUGUUGAAGAGAUUGGUCGGAGGUCCUGGCGAUACGCAUCAGACACAGCGAAGCUCCGCCCUUGCAGGUUCCAUCAUACAAAUGUCUUUGAGUUCUCCAUCAAUCGUGCCUCGGGACGUCACGCUCCCGAACAUAUGUUUCAUACCAGUUGAUACAACAUGUAAACCUCUACCUAUGUUGGAUUGGUCUUUGUCAUAUCUGCUGCAUGUUGCUUUUCAGUCCUUUAGCCUCAGCUACUUGCUUGUCCUUGCGUGUGCAGGUUCCAUCAGACAAAUGUCUUGA